CGAGGGAGGCUCGUAGAGGUAACGGCAGCUGGCAGGAACCAGCUCCAGGACGACGCACGCCGGGGCGGCCAUUGUCGUGGAGUUUACCCCGUCCUACCCCAGCACGGCCCCCUCCCCCACAAGAGCACCCUUCCUCACCCUGCGCCCCCGCCCCGCCCGAGCCCAGCCGGGACGCCCCUCCCACCCCCACCCCCACCCCUCAGCCCUCCGGGGUGCGACGUCGUCGGGAGCAGGUGAUUUCCACGCUGCGGGUGCCUUCAGGCGACCCGGGGCCGAGGGGAGCGCCGGCUGCGGUGUCGUCCCGCGGGGAAGAUGAGCGGCACCAGCGCCCGCUCCAGCCACUGGUCCCAGCCCGUGGUGAAGAGCGUGCUGGUGUACCGUAACGGGGACCCUUUCUUUGUGGGGCGACGCGUUGUCAUCCACGAGAAGAAGGUGUCCAGCUUCGAUGUCUUCCUGAAGGAGGUGACCGGCGGUGUCCAGGCGCCCUUCGGGGCGGUCAGGAAUAUCUACACCCCGCGGACCGGUCACCGCAUUCGGAAGCUCGACCAGAUCGAGAGUGGGGGCAACUACGUGGCGGGGGGCCAGGAAGCCUUCAAGAAACUCAAUUACCUGGACAUACGAGAUAUCAAGAAAAGACCCAUGGAAGUUAUCAAUACAGAGGUAAAACCGGUAACCCACAGCAGGAUCAAUGUGUCAGCUCGCUUUAGAAAAUCACUCCAGGAACCCUGCACCAUUUUCUUGAUUGCAAAUGGCGAUCUCCUAAAUCCAGCUUCCCGCCUCCUCAUCCCCGGGAAAGCCUUGAAUCAGUGGGACCAUGUACUGCAAAUGGUCACAGAAAAAAUAACUCUCAGGAGUGGGGCGGUCCACAGACUGUAUACUUUAGAAGGAAAACUUGUCGAGAGUGGGACAGAGCUGGAGAAUGGGCAAUUUUACGUGGCUGUUGGCAGAGAUAAGUUUAAGAAACUGCCUUACAGUGAACUACUUUUUGACAAGUCAACAAUGAGAAGGCCUUAUGGUCAGAAAGCCUCUUCUCUACCUCCUAUCGUAGGAUCCAGAAGAUCUAAAGGGAGUGGAAAUGAUCGCCAGUCAAAGUCAACAAUUGGAUCCAGUGACAACUCAUCUCCUCAGCCCCUGAAGAGGAAAGGGAAGAAAGAUGUGAGUGCAGAAAAACCAACCAAAGGGAAACAAAAUGUGAAGUUGAAGAAUUCGCAACAAGAAAUCACAGGAAACGGCACCAUGUCCGGCUCUGGGGAUGCGAAUGUAGUAGCAGAGUUCUCCCCUCAAGCCUCAGUACAUGUCAAAUGUCACUGUCUAGAUGAGGGGAUUUUCAAAGCCGGAGCAGAGAGAUCUGAAAUGCGGGGGGCAGUGGAAGUCCAAGAAGAUGAAGAUACUCAGGUUGAGCUUCCAGUGGAUCAGAGGCCGGCAGAAAUAGUUGAUGAGGAAGAAGAUGGAGAGAAAGCAAACAAGAAUGCAGAACAGAAAGACUUCUCAGGAAUGAAUGGAGAAGUUGAAGAUGUGGGUAGGGAGGCUGGCGAUGCCCCUGACCAAGUUGAAGAGAUACAGGUUAACAGUGAGAAGGAAGGCCCAGCUCAUGUAAAUGGAGGCCCUGAUGAAGAAAAUGGAGAGGAACUGAACCAGAUUAAUGAGAUUCAACAGACCAUGGAGGAGGAAAGAAAGUCUCAAGGAGCUGACAAUGGACAAGAAGAGGCUGAUUUAGACUCUCAAAGACCGCCAAGGCCAGAAGUAAAAAUCACUAGUCCACAAGACAAUGAAAACAACGAACAAAACAAGGACUAUGCUGCCGUGGCAUAGAUGAUCUUAAAAAAGAAAGUAUAUGGAAUACAAGAAAAAUGAAGGGUUCUCAUACUUGAAUAAUAAUCAUAUAGUUACUGAUAACAUAAUGGGAUGGGAUGGUUGGACAUUACUUGUUGAAUUUUAAAAACCAAGGCUUGUUAGAAAGAUUAGAUAAGUUCUAGCUACUAAAGGAGAGUAACUUCUCUUUGUGGAAGAUGUUUUAAAAUGUGCAUUUCAAAGAAUAAGAGGGGCAGACAUGUGACCACUUGUGUUUAUAAAGGAUAAAAGAAUAGGAUCACUGCUAUUGCAUAUUUUAUUAUACAAUUAGAAGUGAGAUUCUUCGAUGGCAGAUUGUUCUAAAAUCAUUUAUCUAAGAAAGCAUAGAAUUUAAAGAGUUGGUAAUAGGAAAAUAUGUAUUAUUUCCUUAAAGCAAUCAACUCUUAGCUGAGCAAAUGAUAACUUAGUUUCAGAGAUAAUUUAGAGAUAGC